CAAGCUUUUGAAUACCAACAAUAAUACCUCUUGAUAUUUUUAGAAUGUGGCUUCCUGCCUCAAUGAUUGACGACACCGGCUAUUUAGUAUUUGGACAAGGAAGUGAAUUCCAAUCAACGGAGAUGGUCGAUAUCGUGUUCAUGUCGGGGGGAAAAAGGAACUGUUAUUAGAUCGAAAAACCACCACAAGCGGAUUGCAGAAUUUUGUUAAUUGUACAUCAGCUCACUAACAUGGCUCAAACAGAGAAGUGAUUGGAAUGGGUUAAAGUUACUAAUUAUAUUGCAUUUCUGCUUUCAACAAUAAUAGAAACCUAUGCAUGUAUUCAGCCAUUGAGAUCGAUCGCGAAGAUGAACAUUCAAUAGACAUAUGAUGACACAACAUAUAUCCAACUUUCGAUAAUUGUUAUUAUUAAUUAUCGAGGAAGAUAAUUAGUAUAUAUUAUCAGUAGUUAGCAGAGUGCAGAGCUUAUAUUCCAAUUAUAUGAUGCAGUCAACAUAAAUCGGUCAAGGUUUAGUUAAUGGUUAAUUAGUACGUUCCUCCAUUACGUUGCAUGACUUAUAUAAGCAAUUGUGUUUUUUUUUUUAAUAAUAUGAAAAAAAGAAGUCAUCGAAAGGGGUUUGUUGGAGAAAUGCAUGAGAUCAAUGGAUAAUUCAAGGAAUAUUAUUAUGUUGUGACCAAGAAAAAACAACUAAUCAUGCAUUCUACAGAAGAAACAAGGCAGUUAUAUUGUUAUAUUACAUGACAAUUGACAGUUAUAUAUAUAUUGUCAUCGAAAGUGGAAGAAUUCAACUUAUGAUCUGCUAGUUUCAUUAAAAAAAAGAGUUUUUUUACGUUAUUAUUAUAGUGAGGCCAGGCUUUUAGUAUGCUAUUUGCUAUUUGCCGCCAACCAAAUUGCUAUUUGCCGCCAACCAAAAAAAAAAAAAGUAUAUAUAUACAUCUUUGGGUAAGGAGUUUCACAAUCUACAACAUAUCCAACUUUCAGAGAACGUAUUGAAUCAGAAAAAUUCAACGCUUGCCGGAAAAGUCACCGGAAAAUCAUCGGGAAAGCCUAUCCUCGACAUAUACUGCUUACACGCAUCAAUGAAUCAUCACUAAGCAGGUGCGUAAUUUUUUUGUAGUUUCGAACAAUUUUUCCGACGAUUUGAAACGAACAGACGGUGGGCCAAAAAUUUCCGGCGGCCGGAAUUUUUCGGCCCACCGUCUGUUUUUGCAAUUUUUCGGAAAAAUUCGAUUUUAGGAGUUGAAUUUAGAGUUUAGGAGUUGAAUUUAGCGUUUAAGAGUUGAAUUUAGCGUGUAAGAAUUGAAUUUAGAGUUUAGGAGUUGAAUUUAGCGGUUAAGACUUGAAAUUAGCGUUUAGGUUCACAGGAAUAUUGAUGUAUUAUAUUGUAAUUGUAGGAAAAAUGUCAGAGUUGUUACCGGCUGAUCGUGAUUACACACAAGAAUUUGAGAAUGGGAUCCAUUAUGCAAGUGUGGAGUUAGCUGAGUUAGCUGCAAGAACAAUCGCUCAGCAGUGUGGGUUCUUUAUUGUUAGAGGAGCAUGGAAACCGAAUACUGCUGGACUACAUCCUGUUACUGCCCUCUGUAUGUAUUGCGACAGAAGUAGUAGGAUCGUUAAGUCUUAUAAACCAGACCCUAUGAAGGAGACGCGUGGGAAUAUUAGUUCGAAGGGUACUGGUUGCCAGUUUCAGAUAUGUUUAAAGGAAGUAUGGCAAAAGGAUGGUCCAAACACAUGGGUCAUAGUGGGAGUGACAAGUCGUGAAACUGGAGCUAAUAGAGGGUUUCACAACCAUGAAAAGGUGUUGUAUCCAGAACAUCACCGACACAACAAACAGUUUAGUGAGGCUGAAAAAGAGAGGUUAAGAUUAAUGAGGAAGGCGGGGGUGAGACCAAAUCAGCAGAAGACGACACUCAAUACUGAAGGGGGUGUGCAUCAUGAUAUCAAACAGAUGUACAACAUAAAUUCCAAGACAAGAUUGGAUGAGAUGGGUGAAAUGGAUGCGAUACAGUUUGCUCUUCACGGAGCUGAACAUCGUGGGUACCAUAUCUGUUUGCAAAAGGACUCUAAUAAUGUGCUCACUAAUCUGUUUUUUGCGCACCCGACGUCCAUUCAGAUGUUGCAUGCAUGGCCGUACGUCAUCCUCAUUGACUCGACCUACAAGACCAACAGGUACAGCUGGCCAUGGGUUGAGAUUAUUGGGGUUACUCCAGUGAAGAAGAAUUUCAACAUUGCAUGUGCAAUUAUUAAGCAGGAAACAAAGGAAACAUAUGAGUGGCUGCUGCGAUGUAUUAAAGGGUUUCUCGGUGAUACGGUUCCGAAUGUCAUUGUGACAGACAAAGAAGGUGGUUUGCUUGCUUCUAUUCCUGUGGUCUUCCCUCUCCCACAUACUGUCCACCUACUAUGUUUAUGGCACGUCAACAACUGUGUGAAGCAAAAGUUUGAAGUGUUACUUGGUGGAAUUGCAAAAAGAGAGGUAGCACAAGCGGUAUGGAAGAAAUAUUUCGACAAAGCUGCAUGGAGUUGGACUCAGGAGGGUUUUCUUCAAAAGAUUAAUGAGUUUGAGAGGGUCUGGACAGUGAAGAACAUAAAAAUGGUCGACUACGUGCGAGGUGAGUGGUUGCCUCAUCAGACAAUGUGGGCAAAGUGCUACACGAACCAUGUGUUUCAUCUUGGUAACACGAGCUCGAAUAGAGUUGAGUCAUCUCACUCUUCAUUCAAGACUUUCCUUGUGUCUGGUAGAGGAGCGAUCGACACUUGUUUUGCGAAGAACCACAACUACAUGGAACAUCAAUUUCUGGAAGUGGUGAAUGAACUGCACAACUCACUAAACCGCAAUCUGAGUAAGGAAAUUGAGCCUCCGUGCACGUUUUUGAAGAGGGUCGUUAGUUCUGAGGCAAUCAAACUGAUGUUAGAUGGGGCGGCGGAGUUGAAGGAUAGUUGUGCGUGCCAUUUUCAGAUGACACAUGGGCUCAAGUGUGCUUGCCAGAUUGUUCAAGCUAAGGAAGAAGGACGUCAAUUAUAUGCUCAAGAGUUGCAUGUAUUUUGGCGGACUUUGGAUUAUAAAAACCCCCCACGUCAACAACAAGUCAGUGAUGAAAUUGAGCUUCAACGAGAACACUUUAGGCGUCUUACUGUUGAGGUGGAAGAAAGAGGUCCUGAAGCAGUGAGACAAGCAAGAGAUGCCCUAUUCUAUGGGCUUCACCCAGCAGAGGACAAUGUGAGGGAACCGGAAUUGAAUGAGAAUCCGAGAGGAUGGCCUCGAACAAGCACCAGUCGCAUUCGUUCAUAUUAUGAGCGGUCUCGUUCGAGGAGUACUGGGCCUGGUUCGAGUGGAGGUAGGGGGCGAUCGAGUGGAGGCAGAUCCCGAUCGAGUGGAGGCUGAUCCCGAUCGAGUGGAGGUGAAUCCGACAAGCAUGAUACAGGUGAGUAAUUGGUUUAAUAUCUAGUAGUAAUUGGUUUAUGUUUAUAAAUUUUUUCCAUGUAAUUUUGAUCGUUUGGUAUAUCUUUGUAGAUUACUCAUCCCAGAGCCCCCCAGGGCAAUAUUCUUACCCUUACAUCGAUGAGGUUUUUCCAGAGUUUGUUCGACCUUUGCUGGUAGGCGAUUUCAACCCUAGUCCAGACGGCCAUUGUGGUUUUAGGGCACUUUCUCAUUGUAUUUAUGGGGAUGAUAGUCACUAUCUGCUCAUGAGAUCGACGAUUGUCCAAGAAAUCCAACAACAUUUUUGGAAGUACGAGAACUUGUAUAAUGGUGGUCCACUAGCUCACAUUGACCGCAUCAAUUGGCUAGAGGCGGGUUCCGCACCACCGGGGCGAUGGAUGGAUUCUGAGGACUUGUUCGUGUUUGCCACCAUCUACAACAUCGCAGUCAUGGUCUUCACAUGCCAGGUGUUUGAUGUCAAUAAUGGAAACCGUCCACU